AUGAGCUCCCCUCUUUUUAUAAGCACUGCGUGCAUAAUUGGCGCCGGCUUGUGGCUUGCAAUUCGAAUUACCCGAAAGAAAUCUAACCUGCCCUAUCCUCCGGGUCCCAGACAGCUGCCCAUCGUCGGAAAUGCGUUUGACGUUAAUCUCAAGGAGCCCCACAUCACGUAUACGGAGUGGGGAAAAACUUAUGGGGAAAUUGUUUAUUGUCAUAUAUUUGGACAAGAUAUCAUCAUCGUGAAUUCUGGGAAAAUGGCACGAACUCUGGCUGAAGGGCGGUCAACCAUCUACUCGGACCGUCCUCAUUCGCCUCUUUUUCGACUCUUCGGUGCAGAUCACAUCACUGGUAUCUUGGAGUAUGGCAAGGAAUGGAAGUCACAGCGAAAGCUUCUCCACCUUGGCCUUCGCCACGAUAUUGUUGACAGGUACCAUGAGUUACAUCUCCGCAGUGCUCAUCAACUGGUGGAAAACAUACAACGGGACAGUAAGAGUUUGUAUAAUCAUCUCGAUUUGUACACCGCGACCAUGGCUCUCGAGUUCACUUACGGGCGUAGAAUGGAUGGGAAAAACGACCCCAUCAUUUCAAUGGCGGCCAGCUUGGCGGAAGGUAUGACGACGGGAGUGACUGCUGAAAGAGUUGGGUUGCUGGCAGCUUUACCAAUUCUCAAAUACAUUCCAUCCUGGUUUCCAGGUGCUGCGUUCCAGGAUGAAGCACGAAGGUGCAGAAACAUGAUGGCAUCUUUUGCUAACGCCCCUUUUGCCAAGGCUAAGGAACAAGCAACCACUUCCACCUUGAAAGUUCUUGUACUGGCCAUGAUACUGAAUCCUGAGAUCCAGAACAAAGCUCAUGCGGAGCUAGACGCAGUAGUUGGAAAAGGUGUCUUACCCACCUUUGAAGACAGAAAGCGCUUGCCGUAUUUGCAGGCUGUGUUGUUUGAGGCCAUGAGAUGGAACCCUGUCAUCCCUCUAGCAGGUUUUCCUCAUGCUACGACCACCAGUGGCGUCGUCGAGGGAUAUUACAUUCCGAAAGGUACGUUUAUACCGUAUUGCACGAUCUCCACGGACAUUAGGGCGAUGUCGAAAAACGAGUACGAAGAUCCAGAGCGUUUCGAUCCAACUCGACACCUCACUUCGGACGGAAAGCUGAAACCGAACGCCAACCAAGAUAACACAAAGUAUUUUGGUUUUGGGAGGAGGAGUUGUCCUGGACGCUUACUUGCGUGUGAUUCAUUAUGGGCAGCUGCAGCAGUGAUGCUAUCUGCCUUUCGUUUCGAGAAGGCUAAAGAUUCGUUUGGAAACGAGAUCGAAAUCGACCCCAUCUUUCUCCAUGGUGUGCUUAACUACCCCCCCCCCUAUCCGUGUUCCAUCAUUAGUAGGAUUAAUAUUGAAUGUGAAGGGAAGUAA